AUGCCUUCACUAUUGGCCCAGAAUGAAGUGCCGGGGGAUGCUAUAGCGCGCAAGCGGACCGGCAGCAAUCGGUCGGCGGAGCCAUUACUGGUGAAGCGGCGUAAGACGACUGGACUGAAUUCUCGCUUCGACCGCAUGAUCGAGACUGUCAAUAUCCUGCAUACAUCGCCUGCGAGCUCCAAAAGCUCUCAUUCCGGAAGGCGUCGUCGCGCCGCGUCGUCUUCGUCCGCCAGUGCAGACUUCGAUGUGCCGAGAACACCCGUGGACGCAUAUAGCGAGCUACACGAAGGUCGACUCGGAGCCGACUUCGCGGUCAUCAAGAUGCACGGCGAUGACAGCACAAGGGACAUGGGCGUGGUGGAGAGCUCUGGGGACUAUAGGAUCAGCAACAGACGACCCCGUAAACCUCUCUCUAUCCCCGCAUGGCUUGGCAACACGCUCUCAACGCUUGACGUACACCACCCUCUCCGCAUGCUACUGCCGUCGUCAUCAAGUGAUGUUUCGGCGAGGCUCGGAACACCCAUUGCGCGCAGUGACAGCAACGAUAUACCCGCACCACUGGAUCGUGCAAUGUCUGUUGAGCCACCUAUCAACGAAGACUCUAUUUUUGCCUUUAAUCCUCUCGGAGACAAUUCGACCACGCAUACAGUCCGUCCAAAUGCAAGAAACCUAUCACUGCCGGGACACCCCGCAAGUAACUUCUCUGCGGCCCAAAAUCCCUUCUCGAGUGACGCUUAUGUCUUUCCACAACUUGAAACGUCAACUCAUCUCUCGUCGAUCUCCGGCGAAAGCCUCGAGUCCGAGGAUCCCCUGCCGAUGCCGUUCUCUACGCCGGGGCCUGCGUCUUCUGUCGGUGCGGUGCCGCCUGCUGACCUUCGACUGGGAUCUGUUGGUUUGAGCCGAGAGGACGCUGUACGAAACAUUGCGCUUGAGGCGUCCGACCGGCUCGAAGGGACCGAACUGCCCGGUGCUGGGCUUGCGCCUUUCGCUCAACCAGGUCCUCGGAUAGGUGCCUCGGCUUCGCAGCAUAACCCGAUGGAUGUUCUCGGUCACAGUGACUACUCUGACAGUCUCUCUUACCUUGCUCAACACGCGGAGAUCAUGGAUACCGCUGUGGCUGGUUCACCUGAUUCACGGCUUGCUACUGGAUGGUUACGCUCUGCAGCGACGAGGCUGGACAGUAUUCUUGACAGCGAGACUACCCCGGGAUCCUCCUCUUCAUUCCCUCUUGACAUGACCAUUACAUUACCUGCUCUACGACCACUCUUGAAGGUGGCCGAUACCUCUCUCCCGCGGCCUCGAUGUGAUAAAGUCAGGUCUACAGGAGGCCAGGUCACCGCAUCAAAGUCCCCUCUGCCAAUUGGUCACGCACCCGAGCGUGUUCGAAAUGCAUCGCCUAGGCCAGUACGGAUCUACUUCGACUCGCCUGCGGAGGACCCCUGCAGUUCGGACCCUCUCGAUGAGAAUGACUAUAUGCUACCGGCAGACCUUGCCUUCGUCGAUUUCAAGUGGGAAAGAUUCGACCGUGGAAGCAUCGGCGAGUCUCAUGCGUCAGGAUCGUCCUCCUCGGACAUCUGGGCUGGCAGUGUCGAUCUUCCAGGGGCGAGCUCUCCGUUCGGACCCGUAGCAAGAAGCAUCCUGCGUACCCCAGUACUGGAAGAGGGCAAUGUGCGCUCUUCGUCAAGUGCGCGCAGUCCGGCACUCCACGAGGAGGAACGUCUCGAAGAUACUGAUGGGACGUGGAUCGUGCCCUCUCUGAGUCUCUCCCAUGCUAACACGUCCCACGCUGGGGACGGCCAUCGAACGGCCUGUGUAGGCGAACGGAAAUUAGAAGAACCAACUCACCUGCCUGUGUUCGCGCCUGCUCCUGGGAUCUUCAUAUCCCCUCUUAAGGCGGAAGGCGAUGGUCGCGUUUCGACACCAGAGGUCUGUGCGCUUUACUCACGAACGAUGUCGACCCUUUUCCCCAGUCUGGGAAACGAGAAACAGGAGACGACGGCGGCUACAGUAGUCCCACACCUCGUCGACGAACUCGAAGCCAGCCUCAGGUUGAUGGGCGAACGCUUGCGCGUCCUGCUACUCCUGCGCGCACUGCCGACUUAGAGCGGAGGACUUAUACCGCUCGUAUGUCGCCGGAUAGCAAGAUGAAGCCCCUCGGCAGUAUCCCGAAAGUUCCCGCUCUCGCGUCGGAGAGGGCCUCGGAUUCGGCUAUGCAGGGUGGCGUCACUGUACAUUGCAUGAGGACGGAUUCUGCGGACUGUGCUAGACAAAUUUCCGACUCUUUGCAUACUCCAGCCUGCUCCCAGCAGUCUCAUGACACUAUCGAAUCGUGGACGGAGGAAGGGUAGACCUUGGGACGCCGUCGUGAUUGUCAUAUAUUCUGAUGGCCAGGUAAUCACAGCGCAGCG